AUGUCCGAACUUGCACGCACUUUGCCAGCUUCCUGGUACUGCAGCCCUCCGCUCUACCAGCUUGAGCGAAGAGCUGUUUUCAUGAAGUCUUGGUAUCUGCUUGGCCCUGUGACGAAGUUUCAGAACGUCGGGGAAAAGAUCGAGUAUGAGAUUGCACAACAGCCUAUUUUGGCUUUCAGAGUCUCUGGCACUUCUCCUCUACCUGAACCAGGCGAGUUCCAGGUGGUUUGUGCGAAAACAGAAAAUCCACUACGGUACCAUAUAACCCCAACAGGCCUCAUCUUCACGACCAUCUCAGAUGAAGCGCCCAGCUUUCAUGAGUAUUUUCCGGACCUGGAACCAUUGUUGCAGAGAGUAGACUUUACGAGACUACCCUACAGACACAGUAUCAAAUACGAAGGCCGAUUCAACUGGAAGACCAUGGUCGACGGAUAUCAAGAAUGCCUUCAUUGCCAAUACACUCAUCCAUCGUUCUCCAUUUACUACCCGCCGACCUUCUACACCGUUCACAAUCACCAGAACUUUUCGCAGCACAUUGCAGAUCCCAAUAAGCCAGACGAUGGCCUGUUUCUCUAUUUCUUCCCGAACUGCACAUUGAAUGUGUAUGGUGGAGGGAUGUCUUCGUUCCGGGUUUGCCCAACAGAAGCUCCAAAUAUCACCCGGAUGGAAUUCGACUACUACCACAUGGAAUCCGGCGAGAAGUUCAAAGAAUACUACAAGUUCGUCCGUCAGGUAGCUAUGGAGGACUUUGAGCUCUGCGAGAAAGCCCAGGAUAACCUUGGCAGAGGGGUUUACAGCGAGGGGAUUUUGAAUCCGGAGAAAGAGAACGGUGUCUCCUGUGAGUACGACAGAAAUCCGAAGCUUCUAACCCCACCGCUAACAUCUCCCAGUCUACCAGGACCGACACCCACGUUACUUGCACUGCUAGCUGGGAUUGCUUUUCUAUAUAGGUUCUGGCCAUACACUUCAACUUCAACCUCUAAGCUAGUGAAUCUUGGGAAAUACGAGACCCUCGAUACUAUUACAGAUGUCACGGAAGAGGAAAAUCGUGGAGUCUCCAAAGAAUCAGAUUUCCCAGCAGGCUGGUGGGUGAGCAAGGAUAUUUUCGAGCUUGAGAAGCGUGCAAUAUUCAGUAAGACAUGGCUGUGUCUCUCCCAUCGGAGUCGCUUUGCGAAGGCUGGUGACUAUCAGUCCUACGAGGUGGCUGGGUUUCCCAUCUUUCUGAUCUUAGGAAAAGAUGGGAAAGUCAGAGCUUUUCACAAUGUCUGUCGUCAUAGAGCAUACACAGUCACAAAGAAGGAAUGCGGGUCUUCUGCGGUGCUUGGUUGUCGAUAUCAUGGCUGGAGUUAUAACACCUACGGCGAGCUGACCAAGGCUCCUCAUUUCGAUGAUAUUCCCGGCUUUGACAGAUCACAGAACAGCCUAUUCGCCAUCCAUACGGUUACGAACGGAGCCGGAUUUGUCUUCGUUAACCUUGAGGCUAGCCCAAGGAUCUCGCCGGCCGACACCAGUCUUUUAGAUGCCUUUGCGAACCGCAAUAGACUGGACUCUCAGUCUAUCUGGGUAGCAGGGCAAACAAUCAAGGCAGAUUUCAAUUGGAAAAUGGCGCUCAGGUCAAAGCAAUUGAUCGACAUUGUCGAAUUGGAGAAUACAAUUGGGCAUAAAAGCUAUAUAUCCCAAGUGAUCAGUAUCUUGGGCCGUUUUAGGGGGAAAUCAGAACACUUUUCGCUCUUUCCUGUUACCUCCUUUCAGUCCAUCCAGUCCUCUGGAUGGUGGUAUGUACUGAACUUCUUACCAGUCUCUGAACAAACAACGGCAAUCAGAUACGACCUGUACUGCUCGAAAGAUGUUGGUUCUCAUUCCCAGGUCGUUGCGGAGAAAUUGAGUAAACUGUUGGAGGAGAAAGCUCGGGAACUAGGAACAGAAUAUCAAGGGUCAUUCGCAUCUGUGCCCCCAAGCCUUCACACUGAAGAGAUAGGUAAUAUCUUCUCCUUUCCUUUUUUUUUAUUUGGUAAGAAUAUUCUCGACUGCCUCGAAGCUCAUAUCAAGCUGGAAAAGGCGCAGGGAGCCGAAGUGUUUCCCGCGAUGAGAAAGCAACGGGAGAAUUCCAGGUUUCAGCAAGCUGAACAACUCUGCAAGGAACUCGACUGUACGAGUGAGCUCCGAGGAAAAAAUCUCGCAUGGUAA